UUUUGUUCCAGUAUACCGACAUUUAAGUGCUAAUGACAAUGGAUAAAUGACGUGCUAAUGACAAUGGAUAAAUGACGUGCUAAUGACAAUGGAUAAAUUACUCUAGACAAACUGUGAAACUAUUUAUGUCACAAAGAUUGCAUAUGCUCGCUGAUAUCGUUUGUUUAUCACAGAAAUUCUUUGGAGAACUCAUUCAGUAUAUUUAUCUAUGGAAUAAACACUCCGUUGUGGGUAUGCAUCUGUGACAAAGUCGGGUUCCUCCUCUGGAUUUGUGUAUAAACUGCUGAAGUGUGUGUAUUAAACAGGAUAUACGAUGUCUGUGUUUCAAGGCAAAUGGAUUGAUGACAAAACAACAGGAGAAUCAGAGAAUUUUGAUGGAUUUUGCGAUGCUAUGGGCGUAACAUCGGAUGGGAAGAACAUGUAUAAGGACGUGAAGAUGGGUAUUCAAUACAUUGUGGAAGGGGACACGUGGACAUAUGACCUCACAAUUGGAGACACUGCGCAGGCGUAUACACUACGAAUUGGCGUCACCAAUCAGGAAGAUGUUGACAUGGAAGGAAACAGAAUCGUUACUACGCCCACGUUAGAACAGCCAAACAAACUUGUCGAAUUGACUGAUACCUGGCUACCGUCCGGACAGAAGGUAACGACCCGGAUGGAGAGAACCGUUGUCGGGGACACCAUGAAUUGUGCAAUCACUCAUCUAGAAUCUGGACAAACAAUGACAUUUAACAUGACACGUAUGACGUCAUAAGUAUCGUGAAGUGAAAUGUUCCAUACUUGGAAUUACAAACAUUUUUUUAUGUAGAAGUUUAAAUAAAAAAGACAUGCUUCAAAAUAAAGAGGUGUCGUCAUUGAUUUGAUAUGUUAUUAGAAC